AUGCGAAGGCGAAGGGUCGUGCCGAGGUCGUCGGCGGGUCGUGCCGAGGUCGUCGGCAAGGGGAGAGCUGGAGCCGCAGUUCCAACCAAAUGUGCUGCAAAGUCUAAGGAGCAGGCUCAAGGUUCGAAACGUCCAGCAAACUUUCCUACCGAGGACCGAGCUGCAAAGAAAAUCGCGCCUUCCACCUCUUCUCMCUCUGUCGAGCCCGUUUCUCAGGGUAAUGUCGAUGCUCUGUCGUCGGAUCCCAAUGAUCCUUACACCGCUCCGGUCGCAGCAGCUCGCGCAAUUUCCCAAUUUUGCCGACCUGGAAUGAACCCGGUGGAUCACGCUUCUCUGGAAUUCGCAGACGUCUGUGGCGAAGUAGCGCUUCGGGCAGUUAAGCUCGCCGCCCAUGAUGCCCGUGGGGAAGCUAGCGAGGCAAACCGGAAGCGCGAGGCGGCCGAGAAGGAGUGCACCGAUCUCAAGGCCAAGCUGAAACUCACCGAUGAUCAGAUCAAAGUGUUGGAGAAUCGUUCAGUGAGAAAAGACAAGGCGAUCGAAAACGCAACAAAGAACUGGGAAGAGGCCGAGCGACUCAAAGAGGCGGAGAUUUCCGCAGCCGUUGUGGCGGCGAAACGUGAUAUAACAAGUAGGUUUUAUGCGAGGAUUUCGAAAGCCCGCAAAUACUUUGAGGAGAUAGACGACGAGGCUCUCAUUAGCAUGAGGGAUCUUUUCGAGAUGAAGAGCAACCUCACUCUUUUGACGAUGCUCCAGAAGCCCGACGCUCCCUCUCUUGAUGACGAGGUGAAGAGCGUUCUCGGCGCCAUGGAGAAUAAUGAUCGUUUCGGAUUACGCAAAUGUUUCUUUUUGAACAUAUCCGCUCGAUAA